AAAAACUUCGACGUAAAUAAACAAGUCAAAUGAUGACUUUGGCAUAAAUUCAACGAUUUUGUUGUUCUUGUUCUGCUGUGACAAAUGUAUAAAAAGCUUUAAUCGGUUUAAUAGCUUUUCCUUUUCAUAAAAAUAGCGGUGAUGGUAAUUAUUUGGUAUCAUAUUAAUUUUUGGUUCAAAACAAAAGAUGUUUAACGAAGAUUUUGAUGAUGGUGAUGUCGAAAUUGAUUUUGAUCAAUCCUCCACCGAUGAACUUCAACAACAACAUAGUGUUCAUAUUCAUCAUCCAGAUGACCAAAUUGGUUUCAUAAUGCGUGCUAUCGUUAAUCGUGAAUAUGGCCUCCAUAAUGAAUCGCAUGGAUUGAAAAAGCGAAAAAUUUCCGAUUACAAUCCUAUUCGAUUCAAGCAUCAGAUCCGUGAUUCUCUUUAUCUAAUGAAAAGUAUGUCGCAAACAUACGAGAUGUUUGAACACAUCGAACCAAUUUAUUCUGUGGAUUUCAAUCAUAAUGGUCGAUACAUUUGUUCAAGUGGUAAUGAUUGUAAGGUGGCCAUUUGGAAUUGGUCGGAUAAUAACUUGGAUUACAUCUAUGAUUCGGGACAUUUGACUGGCAGUGUUCGUUGUUGUCGAUGGUCGCCGGACGGUGAUUAUAUCACCACAUGUGGUGAUGAUGGAUUCGUACGUUGUGCUAUAAUCGAUCGAUCAUUGACCACUCAAUCACGUGUAACUUGUUAUCAUGAUGCGAUCGUCAAUGAAUUUGUCCAUUGUGAUCCUUGUGUUAUUCUUUCAGCUGGACAAGAUGGUCGAAUAUUUCAAUCGGAUCUUCGGCAGCGAUCAUCGAUUGAAUUGUUGAGGAUACGUCGAAGGAAAGACGGCAUAUUUCGUUUACGAACAAUCGAUUGUAAUCGUCAGAUUCGACCACAUUUAUUUGCUGUCGCUGGUCAUGGUUCAUCCGUUCUCGUUUAUGAUCGUCGAUUCAUUAGCAAUUCUGAUCGAAAUCAUCUUCCAUAUUGUACAUAUUAUCUUUCAUUUUUGGCAUUAAAUGAAGAGGACCGUAGUCGUUUUUCUGUUCCUUGUAUUCGAUUCAGCCCAAACAGUGAUCGAUUACUUUGUUCGGCAAGCACCGGUGAAGUGGUCAUUGCCGAUAUAACUCGUGAAUCGAAUUUUUCACGACGAUCCGUAUUGGUUGGACAAGGUGUGAAAUUAUUUUCCGAACCAACAUUCAAAUGUUGUUGGUUUAGUAAUCGGCUUGCGUUUAGUACAUCGAAUGAUGGUUUUCUUUACGCUUGGGAUAUAUAUGAUGGUUCAAUGAUUUUCUUCAAAAUUGGUGAUGAAGUUGGUAAUAUUAAUGCAUUAAGUGCACAUCCAAUCGAUCCGAUAUUGGCUACAGCUGGUUCAAAUUGUUCGGUAAAAGUUUGGUCACCAACAUUGGAUGAUGAUAGUAUCGAUUAUGAUAUUGAAUUGAUACGAGAAAAAAUAAUUGGUAAUUUUCGUGCCCGUUUCAUAUCGAACACAUACCAUAAAACAUUGAAAGAUGUUGAAGAGAUUAGCUAUAUAAUGUCUAUACGUAAUAUAUUUGAUGACACUUCAGGAUCAUUCUGGCGAUCUCAUCAUAAUGAUAAUGAUGAUGAUGAUGAUAAUAAUAAUAUGGAUACGGAAGAAAUUUCUAAUGAUAACAACAAUGAACCAUUGGAUAGCCUUUAUGCUGAUCUUUAUGAAUUUUUUGUUGUUAAUGCUCAUCAUUUUCCAUGAUUAAUAAAUAUGUAAUGUAAAUUAAUUGAAUGAUGAUGAAUCCUGUGUUUAGUUUGAGAAUGAUAUAUAUAUUUUUUUAUUAUUAUUUUUAACUAUCAUCAUGACUUUUGACUAUAUGAUGUUGUGUUCAUAUCUGAUUAUACAAUUAUUAUAUUGUUAAUGUUGACUAUUUAAUAAUGAUGAUGAAAAAAAUUUGUGAUAUUAAUUAAUACGAACAAUUUAUAGUGAGAUUUUGUUAUUGUUUGUUGCUGUUUUUUUUCCAAAUAUUUAUGUCAAAAUUCCUAACAGAAAGGGGCUGAGGUGUUCAAAUCGAUUCAAAUUUUUAUGUUUUUUUUUCAGCUGUUGAAUGAGAAUAUAAAUUACAAAUUGUACAAAAUGUGUAGUUAUUCGUUAUUAAUGUUGUAAAAAAAAGUACUAAAGUAUCGUAUCGUAAAAAAGUGACAUAUAAAUAGCUUAAAGGAUAAAAAAAAGAGAAAAAAAAUGAAUAAAGCAAAAAGAACAAAAAACAAAAGUGGCUAUGAUACAAUCGAAAAAAAUGAAGCUGCUGCUGCUGCUGUUGCUGAUCGAUCUGACCAACACAAACUAUACAUCCAAAGUGGUGAUUCGAUGAUGAUGAUGAUAUAAGUUGAACAAUUUUGAUCGAAAGGCCGAAAAAUCAUUAUUAUGCAUGUGUGUAUGUGAAAAAAUGAAACGAAAGUUAUCCUUAUAUUUGUUGUUGUGUUCGUAAAUGAUGAUGAAAAAAAUGGUAAAUCACGAAUAUAAUGUAUGUGAGGCAAUCAGAUGAAGGCACCGAAGAUGAUGAUGAUGUACAACCAUGAAUGGACAUAUGCAAUCAACGAUGGACGAUGAUUUCAUCAUCAUUCAAAAGUCUUCAUUUGGAUGGACACAAUGAUAAAAAAAUAUUUUUAUUUUUUAUUUUU